AUGCCGGUCAAGAUGUACGAUGUGACGGCCCGUGUAUUUGCCGCCAUGCAAAAUCUGGAUAUCACAUCUUUGGCCAGUUAUCCGGAGACUGAGAUAAGGCCGGUGCUGCCGUCUCUGGUGCGCAUGAGUCUGCUCUCGCCGCUGGACAACACGGAGUCCUCGAUGGAGUCACGCAAACAAAUUCUGGCCGUGCUAAUCGGCAUCGAGGUGGUCAAUAGCAUUGUGUCCUACCUGCAGGUCAAUUACCAUGAGCUCGAGAACGAUCUAAAGAAGGAGCUGCUGACGCGCCAAAAGUCCAGCAAUGCCUCCGCCUUCUUCGAUGCCCAGGGUCAGCCGGAGUAUGGCCUGCAGUCGGGCAUUGCGCUCGGCUUUGAACGGGCGGAUGUGGCGCGCAAGGUGCGCGUUGUGCUCUCCGAGAUCUUCAAUUUGCAGCAACAGGUGUCCGCCGCCGCCGAGCAGAAACCAUCAGCCGGCACGCCCGUUAUAACGGCCCAGUCCGAAAUCCUGGACGACGGCAUCUAUCUGGAGGAGGUGGUGGACAUUCUAUGCAUUGCACUAGCCGAACUGCCCUCCCUGCUCAACAUACUGGAGCUGACCGAUGCUCUGGUUCAUGUGCCGAAUGGUUAUCGCAUUGUCUGCGCCCUGGUUGCCAAUUUUCCGGAUUGCUAUCGGGAUGUCGUCUCGCAUGUCAUCUCCAAUUGCGAUGAGGAGGGCAACGAGGGCAAACAACGGCUGGCGCUGCUGAUGGCGCUCAGCGAAAUGAAUCCCUCCCAGGCGCUAGCCAAUCGCUCCAUGUGCGUGGAAAUGCUGAAGGUGCCCUCGUUCAUGCUCAAGCUGGCGCUCAAGCACUCCGACGAUCUGAUUGCCUUCCUUACGGGCCUGCUGCUGGGCAAUGAUCAGAAUCUGCGCUCCUGGUUCGCCCUGUACAUACGCACCAGCCAGAAACGCAAAGGGGAUGCACUGAAUCUGGUGCGCGUCGAGCUGCUGCAGAAGAUUGUCCAAAUAACGAGCAGCGCCGCCGAUCUGAAGGACUUCAAUCUGCAGGGCGCGGUCCUGUUGCGUCUGUACUGCGCCCUGCGCGGCAUCGGCGGCCUGAAGUUCAACGACGACGAGAUCAAUGCGCUCUCCCAGCUGGUCACCAGCUGCCCGCAGCCGACGGCAUCGGGCGUGCGCUUUGUCACGCUGGCCCUGUGCAUGCUGAUCGCCUGCCCCUCGCUGGUGUCCACCAUCGCGCUGGAGAACAAGGCCGUCGAGUGGCUGCAGUGGCUCAUACGAGAGGAUGCGUUCUUUUGCAAGCGUUCCGGCACGAGCAGCUCUCUGGGCGAGAUGCUGCUGCUGCUGGCCAUACAUUUCCAUAGCAAUCAGAUAACGGCCAUCAGCGAGAUGGUCUGCUCGACGCUGGCCAUGAAGAUACCCAUACGGCCGAACAGCACGAAUCGGAUCAAGCAGCUGUUCACCCAGGAUCUGUUCACCGAGCAGGUGGUGGCGCUGCAUGCGGUCCGGGUACCGGUCACACCCAAUCUGAACGGGACAAUACCCGGCUAUUUGCCGGUGCACUGCAUCCAUCAGCUGCUCAAAUCGCGCACGUUCCUCAAGCACAAGGUGCCCAUUAAGGCGUGGAUAUUCAAGCAGAUCUGCAGCUCGGUGCGGCCGGUGCAUCCCGUGAUGCCCGCCCUGGUCGAGGUGUUCGUCAAUACGCUGAUCAUACCCAAUCCCACGGGCAAGAUUAACAUCGAUCAUAUGCAUCGGCCGUUUACCGAAACCGAAAUCCUGCACGUAUUUCGCACCUCGCCGCUCACCUUCUUCGCCGUGGAGCUGCAGCAGCCGCCCGCCGGCGAGGAUCUCGCCCAGAUGGAGGUCGCCUGUCCGCUAACCGCACAGCUGCUCAUGAUCUACUAUCUGAUGCUGUACGAGGAUACGCGCCUGAUGAACCUCAGCGCCCUCGGCGGACGCAAGCAGAAGGAGUACUCGAAUAACUUUCUGGGCGGGCUGCCGCUCAAGUAUCUGCUGCAGAAGGCGCAUCAGUUCCACAACGAUUAUCUGUCGCUCUUCCAUCCGCUGCUGCGACUGAUUAUCUCCAAUUAUCCGCAUCUGAGCAUGGUCGAUGACUGGCUGGAGGAGCAUUAUUUGGCCAACAGCAGCCUCGAGUCGGAUCAUUGGUAUGAUCUCAAGCCGGAGCUGCUUACCCGCGCCUUGGACACCGUCAAGACGAAACCCCGGCUGGCCAUACGGCUAUUCAAGCGUCUGCUCCAGCUGCCGCCGGAGUCGCUGGCACAGUAUGCCCAUCAGCUGGUGCAGCAUUUGCCGCAUGUCUUCCAGAAGGAUGUGCCGCGCUAUGUCAAGGAUCUCUACAAUGAUCUCUGGCUGCGCCUGAAUGCCGUCCUGCCCACCACCUUCUGGAUCAUGUCGCUGCGCGCCAUCACCAACAAUUCCGAUGCCCUCAAUCGACGCACAUUCGCCAACGAGAGCCUCUUGGAGCCCAUGGAUGUGCUCAGCUGCCCGCGUGAGGUGUUCUGUUCGCCGUACAUGUUGGUCAUCCUGCUGCGCAUACUGAAGGGCAGCCUGGCGGCGUCCAAGACGUACCUGAACGUGCACAUGCAACAGAAGCAGGUGCUGGACAAGAACGGUCUGGUGCAGACGGAUGCCGAUCGGGAGGAGCUGAAGACAACGUUGAUUGCAUCGCAGGAGAGCGCCGCGGUGCAUAUACUGCUCGAGGUCCUUGACUAUAUGGACAGCAAGGCGAAUACGCGCGUCGCCAAGCUGGAGCUGCGCGAAAUCCAGGGCAUCAUUGGCACCUAUGUGCAUCAGGCAUUCAUUACGGAGCCAUCGCUGGCCAAACUGGUGCACUUCCAGACAUAUCCCAAAUCCGUAAUACCGAUGAUUGUGGCCAGCGUGCCAUCGAUGCACAUUUGCAUCGAUUUUGUGCACGAGUUUCUCAAUGUAACCGAAAUGGACAAACAGAUCUUUACGAUUGAGCUAACAUCACAUCUGGUGCUCAACUAUUCGAUACCCAAGAGCCUGGGCGUCUCCAAGUUCUGUCUGAAUGUGAUCCAGACGACGCUCUCGCUGCUCACCUCCUCGGCCAAGUGCAAGUUCCUGCGCAACGUGCUGCCCGCCAUGGUACGAUUUGUCGAAACGUUUCCCAUACUGGCCGACGAUUGUGUCAACAUACUGAUGAACACCGGCCGGAGUCUACAUUCGCAAUCGUCGCUGGGCGUUACCACCAUGCAAAUGCCGCUCACCGAGAGCGCCAAGCUCUGCUCGUACCGGGACGCCCAGCUGCAUAUCACGAUGAUUGAGGACGCUUUCAAAGCGCUCGUCGAGGCGGUCAUGCAGAAGGCGGAGCUCUAUUAAAGUAAACCAACUUUCCCAACCUCUCCUCCCCCCUCCCCGUCUAGCUGAACUCUAUUCAAAAUCAUUAAACAGGAAGUCGAAAGUCUAUUUUAGGAAGCAUUCUGAACAGAUGCUUAUAUUAUGUGUGCACCAGGUUUAGAAGUCAAUAAUUAUCUAUAUGUAUAAAUUACAUUUGUACCUCCCGAACGAGCUAUCAAUAAAUGUUUUACACU